AGAGUGCUCAGGCAUUGGAGAAGGCUGCCCAGGGCAGUGGGGGAAUCACCAUCCCUGGAAGUGACAAAAAAAACAUGUAGAUGAGGCCCUCAGUGACAUGGUUUAGUGGUGGCCUUGGCAGUGCUGGGGUAGAGAUAUGACUCCAUGAUCUUGAAGGUCUUUUCCAACCUGGUUGGUUCUGUGACUCUAAGCAGGAGGGAAAAUCUGCCCUGAUGGGUGCGGGACUGCGAGGCCCAGCUACGACCUGCCCUUUGGGGCCGGAGCGGGGAGGCUGCCUUGUGCGGCCGCCCUCUCCGGGGCUGCCGGGGCUAACGCCCCACCUUUGAGCCGUGGAGGGCGGAGUGGGGGUGCGGCAGUCCCCGCUGGCGGCCUCUCGUCCCCUCCCCUCCCGCUGGCCCGGCCCGGUUCGCUCCACCGCCUUAACCCCGGCGGCUCCGAGGCGGGGGCUCCCGGAGCGGCUCCCUCCCCACAACCCUCCUUCCUCCCCGGCAGAAACCAGACACCGGGACGGCCCCGCGCAGUUCUUGUGGGGAGCGGCUCUGGGAGGCCGCUCCGCCGCUGCCCCGCCGCCUGGCUAUGCCGCGGCCCGGCUAGGCGCGGCCCCGCUCGGAGCUCCCCGCCCGCACCAUGCCAUGUGUCCCGCAGAGCCGGGGGGCACAGGUCUCCCUCUGGAUCCUCAUCCUUCACGUCCAAGUGCCCUGCCUGAGUAGGGCCCCGCCGGCCGGCAGCUCGCUCUUCCCCGACGGGCGGCAAGAGCAAUUUAUCAAGACACUUCCAGAAUACCAUGUGGUUGAUCCAGCAAGAGUAGAUGCAAAUGGGCAUUUUCUUUCUUUUAACUUAUACCAUCACAUCUCAAACACGAGGAAGAAGAGAGACCUCAGCAAAAAGGAUAAUAUGAUAUACUACAAAAUCAACCAUGAGGAUAAGGAUCUGUUUUUUAACUUGACUGCCCAUAUGCGAUUUCUUUCCCAUAACUACGUAGUAGAAAGGAGACAUGGCAACCACACUGGUGCGAAGAUUGCAACUCACUCAGGAGCUCCUUGCCACUUCAUUGGCACAGUGUUGCAGCCAGGUGCUGGGAGCGGGACAGCAGUGAUCAGCACUUGUGAUGGCCUGACUGGAUAUUUCCAUCUGCCCCACGGGGAUUACUUCAUUGAGCCCAUUAAAAAGCAUCCACAGAAGGAGGGGACACCUUAUCCCCAUAUUGUUUAUGGUGCAAAUAUCCUUCAAAAUGCUUUAAGGAGAAGACGGGCGAUCCCGAUGGGAAAACAACAAGCAUGUGGAUUGAAUGAUACCCUCAGCUUUUUCAAACAGCAGCAGCAUCAGAGGGAGAGAUGGGAACAAAAUCAUAUGGCUGCCAGAAAGGUUUCUCGGCGCUCUGUUAGCAAGGAGCGAUGGGUGGAGACACUUGUAGUUGCAGACAGUAAGAUGGUUGAGUAUCAUGGAAGUGACCAUGUGGAGUCAUACAUCCUCACUAUAAUGAAUAUGGUCACAGGGUUGUUCCAUGAUCCAAGCAUUGGCAAUGCAAUUCACAUUGUGCUGGUUCGGCUCAUUCUCUUUGAGGAGGAGGAGCAAGGCUUGAAGAUAGUUCACCAUGCUGAUAAGACACUAGCUAGUUUCUGCAAAUGGCAGAAGAGUGUCAAUCCCAAAAGUGACAUCAACCCUACACACCAUGACGUGGCAGUCCUUCUAACCAGAAAGGACAUUUGUGCUGGCAUGAAUCGUCCAUGUGAAACCUUAGGUUUAUCUCACCUGUCAGGCAUGUGUCAACCUCACAGAAGCUGUAACAUUAAUGAAGAUUCUGGCCUACCUUUGGCUUUUACUAUUGCUCAUGAACUUGGACACAGCUUUGGCAUCCAGCACGAUGGAAAAGAGAAUGACUGUGAGCCUGUUGGAAAGCGCCCAUAUAUUAUGUCCCGACAGUUGCAGUAUGAUCCUACUCCACUUACCUGGUCACAGUGCAGCAAGGAAUACAUCACACGUUUCCUAGAUCGCGGGUGGGGAUUCUGUCUAGAUGAUAUCCCCCAAAAAGAAGUUUUAAAGUCCCCAGUCAUUGCUCCUGGAGUGAUUUAUGAUGUGCAUCACCAGUGCCAGCUUCAGUAUGGUUCUAAUGCUACUUUCUGUGAAGAUGUAGAUAACCUUUGCCAGACACUGUGGUGCUCCGUAAAAGGCUCCUGCCGCUCCAAACUGGAUGCAGCUGCAGAUGGAACUCGGUGUGGAGAGAACAAGUGGUGCUUUUCUGGUGAGUGCAUUACAGUAGGCAAGACUCCUGAAGCAGUCCAUGGCGGAUGGGGUGUUUGGUCAUCCUGGUCUCAUUGCACAAGGACAUGUGGGGCAGGAGUUCAGAGUGCAGAGAGACCCUGCGAUAACCCAGAGCCACAAUUUGGAGGAGACUACUGCACUGGAGAAAGGAAACGCUAUCGCAUGUGUAACAUCAGCCCCUGCCGGAAAGACUUGCCAACCUUUCGUCAAAUGCAGUGCAGUGAAUUUGAUACAGUUCCCUACCAGAAUGAAUUCUACCACUGGGUUCCCAUUUAUAACACAGCAAACCCCUGUGAGCUCCACUGUCGACCAACAGACGGCCAUUUUUCAGAAAAGAUGCUUGAUGCAGUCACUGAUGGUACUCCUUGCUUUGAAGGAAAGCACAGCCGAGAUAUCUGUAUUAAUGGCAUGUGUAAGGCUGUUGGCUGCGACUAUGAGAUAAAUUCCAAUGCAACUGAAGACCAGUGUGGAGUUUGCCUGGGAGAUGGCUCUGCUUGUCAUACAGUGAAGAUGAUGUUUAAUCAAACUGAAGGAUUUGGAUAUGUUGAUAUUGGGCUAAUUCCGAAAGGUGCAAGGGGAAUCAAAGUCAUGGAAGUUGCGGAAGCAGGAAACUUCCUUGCUGUGCGAAGCAAAGACCCAGAAAAAUAUUACCUGAAUGGAGGUUUUAUCAUCCAGUGGAAUGGGGAGUACAAAGUGGCAGGCACGAUAUUUCAGUAUGACAGAACAGGGGAUCUAGAAAAUCUGACUGCUCCAGGACCCACCAAUGAAUCAAUAUGGAUUCAGCUACUUUUUCAAGAAACUAAUCCUGGAAUCAAGUAUGAGUAUACUGUACGUAAAGAAGAAAGUCAUGAGAAUGAGAUUGGAGAGCCAGAGUAUUUUUGGCAAUAUGGCGACUGGACAGCCUGCAGUGUUACCUGUGGAAGAGGGGUGCGACGCCAGAUUGCCCACUGCAUGCGGAAGGGAAGCGGAGCCAUCAAAAACUCCUUCUGUGACCCAGCAACACAGCCAAAUGGACGGCAAAAGAAGUGCUACGAGAAAGACUGUCCACCCAGAUGGUGGGCAGGAGAAUGGCAGAAAUGUUCAACCACAUGUGGCCCAACAGGCCAGAAGAAGCGAACUGUUCUUUGUAUCCAGACCGUGGGAUCUGAUGAGCAGGCACUGGCUGUCACAGAGUGCCAGCACUUGCUUAAACCAAAGACCCAUCUGUCAUGCAACAGAGAUAUCUUGUGCCCAUCUGACUGGACAGUGAGCAACUGGACUGAGUGCACAGUUACUUGUGGUGGUGGAAUAAGGACUCGUAAUGUCACUUGUGCCAAAAAUAACAAAGAGCCUUGUGAUACUUCCAAGAGACCAAACUCUAAGGCCCUGUGUGGUCUCCAGCAAUGUCCUUCUGCUGGAAGAUUUCUGAUACCCCGACUGGCACCCAGAAGAGGAAAGAUUAUAAUCAGGAAAACAACUGCUAAUCCCAAAGAGACUCCUCACAGAAUACCCAUACCAAGCCUGAGGUCCCAUACAACAACAAAAGUACCCAAGCCUGGAAGUGUAACUCCCUGUUUGCCUAUAUCCUCUGGUUUAGGUAAUGUCUCAGAGGAAGAAGGAACAGCCAACAGAAAGUUACAAAAUAAUUUUUCUGGACCAAGUGAUGUUUACAAUCAUCCAGUUGUUUCUACUGAAAAUAGUUCGUACCAAAACACUACUUCAUGGCCUUUUCACAAUAGCUUAAAUACUGAAAUUAUAAAACAUGUUCAAAAUACUUCUGGAAGUGAGCCAUUUUCUACUGUAGAGAGUGAGGUGCAAAGAAUUGAGGACACUCCCAUCUCCUCUUUUACCAGUAAUCCAGAAAUAACUUCCAGUUAUGAUUAUUUAACCGAAGAAUCUGAUUACAUGGACGGGACACUUGGAGGCAGUGAAAAACCGAUUGAUCUCCUUUACAGCACGGAACUGAAUCCUGAAAUCAGAACCAAGAGCACAACCCUGCAUACUGUGUCUCCUGUCCUUCAAAAUGAGAGUAUGACUUCUCAGGCCCCACCAGCAACUCUUCACCAAGACCCUUCUACUCUCCUUCCUGUUAGCAGAGCAGCACAAGGGUUGGCGUUUCCAGCAACAGCUGGAAAUAUCAGACUGCAAAUUGAUGUACCUGUUGUAGAAGUAAUUAACCCACAAGCAUCAGUUACAGUAACACCCACAGUGUUUGGUCACAUACCAAGAGAUCAGACUGACAUCAGAAGAGAAAGGAAGCUACCUGAAACUGUAACGACCGGCACACAGUCGUCAGCUCUAGAGCCUGCUCUCAGGAACCGAAGUGCAACAUCUGGGGGUAUUUUAACCGAUGUCAAAGGAAACAGCCACCUGAUAACAUCCAACAGUUUGCCUGGUGAUGCCUACUGGGUGGUAGGCAACUGGAGUGAGUGUUCUACCACGUGUGGAAUGGGGGCUUUCUGGAGACACGUGGAGUGCAGCAGCAGGAACACAUCUCACUGUCAGCACUCGAAAAAGCCUGAUCCUGCAAGGAAAUGUUAUCUCCGCCCGUGCGCUAGCUGGAAGACAGGAAAUUGGAGCAAGUGCUCUGCUAACUGCAGUGGAGGUUUCAAGACCCGUGACGUUCACUGCAUUGAUGUUCGUGAGAAGCGACUCCUCAGGCCUUUUCAUUGCCAGUUACUUGGAUAUAAACCACAAAUCAACAUCAGUUGUAACAUGGAGCCUUGCUUGCAGUGGCAUGUGGAGCCCUGGAAUGAGUGUUCAAGAACAUGUGGUGGUGGACAGCAAAAGCGACAUAUCUACUGCCCAGAAGAAGGCCACUGUGACUGGACAAAAAGACCUAAUGCCAUUGCACCAUGUAACAGGCAACCUUGUACGCAGUGGACUAACCAGGCAUGGGGCCCGUGCACCGUUUCUUGUGGAGGGGGCAUUCGGCAAAGAACUGUGGAGUGCAUGAACACAGAAACUAAUGAAACUGAAAAUGACAGUAUGUGUGUGGAUAAACCCAAGCCCACAGAAUAUCAGAAAUGCAGUCUGCAAGAGUGCAGGAAAAGUACAGGGCCACCCUGCAGCAAAGACCAACUCUCAGUUCAGUUCUGCCAGAGGCUGAAAGGCAUUGGCAAGUGCUUGUUGCCAUCCAUACAGACUCAGUGCUGCUUCACGUGUAAUCAGCCUCGAAUUCAUAACAAAGCAAGAUAUGGGGAUCAGCGAGGCCUCAGACUACAGAAUUACACUAAAUCAAGGAGGAAAUCACCUCAAAAUCAAGAAAACAACCAAGCUGCUCAGCACUAGUUGGUUUUUAUCUAAUUGGUUUGAGUAGGGUUUCUGUUUACAGGUUUUAUGUUUCUUCUUCUUAACCAUCCAACAUAAAUGGAAAUCUCUGAUCAAAACGGGGAAAACACAUUGCUUAGGGUUAUUGGUCCCAAUUUACUGCUACAGGUUUUUUUCUGUAAUAGUCCAAAUUCCGUAACAUAAUUUGCAGUGUACCAGCAGCUAGUACUUCUAGGCAUGCAUAGAGGCUAGAAACAAGCUUGCAAGAAUAUUGGGGGGUUUUUUGUUUGUUUGUUUUAAAUGAAUGUUUAACUCAUUCUUUCUUCCACUUCUCUUUCAAAACCCACUUGAAACAGCAGCACUGCUUGUUUGAGUGCUGAGUGAAGGUGGCUGAUGGGGCAGUAGGCACAAACAGGCACUGUGGGCCAGAUCUGUUUAUGCUCACUCACUUCUCUGUAUUUAGGAAUCAAGGUGAAGUGGCAGUGUUUCUCGAAAUUGUUUGCACAUUUCAUGUGUUUAAGAGCAGAGUUUUUUUUCUAAUAACUGAUUAUGAUAUGCAGGCCAAAUUGAAACAUGGGGUUUUUCAAAAGAAAAAUGUUCCUUUAGUACUUGACUGAACCUCUAAAGGAUACCUCAACCAUAACCUGUCCUGGCCAGUUAUCUUCUGCUACAUGUGUCUUGCCGUAGCCUGAAAGCCCCACCAAAUAUGGGAUGUUAAGUUCCAAAUACACUUUAAACUACAUUUCUUGGUACCAUGAAAAGCAAAGGUGGUUGGAUCUACAACCUUAAUAGACAGUCAUUUGCACCAAUAUUCAGAGCUAUGAUUUAAUCAAAUAUCUCCUAGUGGAGUGAUUAAAAUUAAAAAUUAAAACCACAUUCACAAUAGUACUUUAUCACCUCACUCAUAGUAAACUUUUCCCUAUUGCAAAUCCUUCAUCAUAGUGAGGGUGAGGCCACAUGGGACAGGAGCCUGAGAGCCAGUGUCUAUGUAGCUCUGGGCCUCAGGCAUUGGGAACGCACCAGCCAAAUAGUGUAUCUGUUUUGCUAUUGAAAAUGGCAGAACAAACUUUUGGGAGACCAGACUGGACCCUUUGAGGCAAAACUGGGCAUUUUCAAAAGAGCUAGACAGAACCUGACAUUUGGAUUCCUUUAAAAUUCAGACAGAUUUGGACACCUUGGUUCUUCUUGCUCUUCUGAAAAUCUCAGAUUUACUCCCUAGCUACCUGACAACUUGAAAUUGUAAUACAGGAAAAUGUCACAUUUAUGCAGUGCAAAGUGAGGCACAUGGCCAUGAAUCCAGGUGUCACUAUGGUUACAGAGCUGUGACUACCAGUAGUCAUACUUUUAGACAAACAUUUAGGAAUGUUAAUAGAAAUAUUUAGCCACAAAUCUGAUUGAUUGUCCUUUUUCAUAGAUUUGUGACCUUUGGCUAAGGGCUUACUUCUUCUCUUGAAGUCUCUGGGACUUCAGGAUAUGCAGCAUGGUAAGGUUAGAUUUAUUAACCUUUGUGAUGGCAAUAUAACCCCAAUUAUAGGUGCUGAUAAAACUUAAAAUCCACUGUUAAAAAUAUGGUGCUAAUAUAACUGUUGUGGGGAUGACUUACAAUGGUGCAUGUGCACGUGUGACACAGUAUGCGUGCACAUACCCUUAAAAUAAUACAUGUCUAUGGUGUUGCUGGCCAAUACCAGACAUAAUGCUUUUUAAGUUUCACAGUGUGCUUAUGUCCUUCUGAGGUCGUGAGUGGCUGCUGACCCUUUCAGCAAUGGAAAUGCUGACAGUUCUUAUUCAACUGGGCACAGUAAUACUGAAUUAUGUGAAGAAGCAGAGGUGUUCCAUCUGAUUCAGGAAGUAUUCAGGCAGGGCUUGUCAUCAGGCUGCAUUGUGUAGAGUGGACCCUGUACUGCUACAUCCAGUGCAGGUCUCUGAUGGCCAGACAAGCCAGACUGGUGUUCCUGGAAGCAUCUUCUAGGAUUUGGGAAGGACAAAGUUAGAUUAGCUUUAGAGUCAGACUGUUCUAUGCUC